UUUAUUUCUGUGCCUCCAAACACACCCGUGAAGACACGGUCCUGGGGUAGGGAAGGACUGGACUCAAGGAGUUUGGAUGAAACUCUGAACUUUAGGGCCCUAUCAGUGUCCCCUCCCUUAUCCCUUCUUCUCCAGCUGUUGGCUCUUCAGUGUUGGCUGGUGGCUGAGAGGAACAGGCAGGAGAGCAAAGACGAGGCGAGGAGCCAGAGGACAGAGGAAGGGACUGAGGAUGAGAGGAGGAGGAGAAGAAGGGCAGACCCAUUCCAGCUGUGUUUCUGGAGCAAACGGAGGCGUGAGAACUUCUUCACAUUGAAGAAUUUUCCACUAGACUGCGAGGGAACAAACAUUUUUACUGUUUAUUUUUAUCCAGCUAGCUGUGUAAGAUUUUUACAAACCGAAAACAUGAGCGCAGAAAACUCCACCCUGUGGGAAAGCUUGUUUUCUCCACCUGUGUGCGAUGGCUGGAGCAACAACACAGAGGGGGCCAUCUACCAUCUGGGAAACACCUUCAUGUUCCUGGGCUACAUGGGAGGCAGCGGGGCCUUCGGCGCCCUCUUCAUCUUCGGCUUCCUGUCUCCCGCUUUCCUGUGCCUCACCCUGUGGGGCUGGUUGACCGUGUGCGGCAUGGACGUCUUCUCCUGGAACCUCCUGCUGCUGGUGGUCUCCCUGCUGCAGAUCUGCCACCUCCUCUACCGGCUUCAGCAGGAGGGCAUCCGCAGCGAGGAGCUGACCUCCCUCUACCGGGCCGUCUACCUGCCGCUGGGUGUGCCUGUCCAGGUGUUCAAGGACAUCGCCAAGGCUUUUGAAAACAAGGCUGUGGAGCUGAAGGCUGGAGAGAUGUAUGCUGUGGAGGGGAAGACGUACAUCGACCAGCUUUCCUUUCUGCUGUCUGGGAGGAUCAAUGUCUCUUUGGAGGGUCAGUUCCUGCAUUACAUUCACCGCCAUCAGUUCCUCGACUCUCCUGAGUGGGAGUCUCUCAGACCAAACGAAGAGGGGAAGUUCCAGGUGACACUGACGGCAGAAGAAGACUCUCGCUAUGUCUCAUGGAGUCGCCGCCGUCUCUAUAUGCUGAUAUCCAAGGACCGCUACAUUGCCCGUCUCUUCUCCGUAAUGCUUGGCUAUGACAUUUCCGAAAAACUUUACAACCUCAACAACAAGCUCUACAUUAAGAGUGGUGUGCUGUUGGACAUCCGCCUUCCAAGCCUGUACCAUGUCCUGGCACCCUCCUCUCAGGGCAGUGAAGGUGGCAGCGGUAGUGAUGGUGGCGGCGCCAAAGAACAACAGCGUCCAGAACCAGCCUACCAGGUGUCCAAUCCCGGACCAUCUCAAACCCUCAAACAUGAUCCACAGGGACCAAGGACAACUGGCAGCAAUGUGCCCCCCGAGCAUGGCCCCUAUCAGCGCCCUUGGGCACCAGACGCGGAGAUGCCAUCUGGUGAGGAUUCUACUAGCCUGGUCCUGGAGGACUUUGCUGAUGUGGCGGGCUCCUUAAUGGACUAUGGCAGUGAGAGAGAUUAUUUAAGGUAGAGAGGCAGGGUGCUGGAGCUAACACACUGGGUCACCACUUAAGCUACAUGUAAGUACCUCACUUGGCUGGAUUGGGUUGCAUGGG